GUUCAAAUGUAAACAGGCGCCAUUAAAACAAACGUCAAAUGAAAAAUUUAUUGGAUUGAUUCAGAAAGGAAAAUACGUGUGUUCAAAUAAAUAAACUAUGGAUGACGAAAAAUUAGUAGCUUUAGUUGAGACUAGAAAUGAAUUAUUUAACAAGAGCAGUCCAUACUACAAGCUGCAAUCCAGGAAAGAUGCUUUGUGGAAUGAAAUCGGGAGAGAGUUGAACGCAAGUGGAGAAAUGUGUCGCCGUAGAUGGCUAACACUUCAGGACCGGUACGGGAGGGAAGUGCGAAAGGCUAACGCCCCCUCAGAUAGUGGGAAGGAGUCCCAAAGGCAGUGGCAUUUGUUGGAGGCAAUGAAGUUCCUUAAGCCACAUAUUGUACCACGACAAGUUACAUUCUCACAAAAUAUUUGUGAAACCGCUGUCACUGAUCAGGGUCAGUUGCAAUCACCAGCUGAAGAAACUCAAUUGCAGCCACAAGGACAUGCGCACGAGGUGGAAGUGCCAUCACCGUUAUGGCCCUUGUCGCCAUUAAGCCCAAUCACAAUAUCGCUGCCGUCGCCAUCGCCUCCUUUCCCAGUGGAGAAAAGCGAACCAUCCCCGACUUCUUCCACAUCAACCUCGCUUCCCUCACCACCCUUCUCUACGCAGGUGGCUACCAGAAAGGGUAGAAAACGAGGGUCAUCUAUGUCAUCUACUAGCGAGGUUGACCAGAAAAUGAUUGAAGCCAUCGAACUUUGCAAAAAUAAAUGGUCAUCAACGCAGCCAACUCAGCAAACCCAACAACAACAAUCCGCAAACCCGGCUGUGCAGUCAUUCUGCAAUUUAAUGGUUUCCAUUUUAAAUAAAAUGGACGAAGAAAAACAAGCUAGGGCAAUAGAGAAAAUGUUGCAAGCUGCAUUUGAAGUGCAGAGAGAGUAAAAUAAAUUUAAUAUAUAGUAUAUAAUUUAAUAGAGUUAUGAAGUAGUUAUUUUUAAAUUAUUAUUUUAGUUUUAUUUAUAUGUUAAAUAAUUAAUUUAUUAAGUAAAUAGUUCUAAACAUA